AAUUCAUGAAAUGAGAAUCAAACUGGUUCGCAGUAAAUGAUUUGGCGCGAGUUGUGCGCAUGUAAAUUGGGAGAACAAAAAGAAAGAAGCCACAAAGAUGACAGAUAAAGACGAAGGAUUUGAUGAUGCCGUUGAAGAAAGAGUUAUCAACGAGGAAUACAAAAUAUGGAAGAAAAACACACCAUUUCUGUACGAUUUGGUUAUGACCCAUGCCCUGGAAUGGCCAAGCUUGACAGCACAGUGGCUCCCUGAUGUCACAAGACCUGAAGGCAAGGAUUACUCCCUACACAGACUGAUCCUGGGAACACACACGUGAGUGUCCGCUCUUUAAUGUUGGGGUGAAACAAUAUACAGCGAAACCUGUCUAAUCCAACCUGCACUGGGAUAUUUUUGUUGUGGUUGUAACACACUGUGUCGGAAUAAACAGUAUAAAAACACUGAAAAUAUGGGAUUGAGACUGUAAGUAAGGGUUGGAAUGCACGAUGAAAAGUGUUGCAGUGUCGGAUUAGGCAGUUUUCACUGUAUUACCCUUAUUGUUUGAUGAAAAGUGUUGCAGUGUUGGAUUAGGCAGUUUUCACCGUAUUACCCUUAUUGUAUGAUGAAAAUUGUCAUACAAGGGCUACAAUGUUAUUUUUGAUUUGAAGUACAUGAUAUAUUGACAUUUAGUAACACUGGAAAAGUAGACAUUUUCACCAAAUUCUAUGAUGUUUUAUUGCUAAUAUAUUUGCUAAGUAAGCAACUUAUGAUUUGUUAAUCAUGUCGACAAACUGGCUCAGCACUUGCUUGUAUUUAUCAGGAAUCUGACUGAUUAAUUCCCAUUUUACACUAAACCAGGACUAUGGGCAAUUAUUAUUAAUUAUACGACACUCCUUAUGAAGCAACACUUAGAGAGAAAAAAUGUUUACUCAAAAAGCAUUUUUUAAAAACCUUGUGAAUUUUAUCAUAAUAUGUGUCAGGAUUUAAUGCAUUAAUUUUUAUUGAAUCCCCGACUGUUUAGUAAUGACUUGAUAUGUAAAGACAUUUAAACAUUGCACACUACUUAAUUUGCUUUUCCGUUAUAUAAUGCAUGAUGAUUUUUCAUAGCUUAUGAAGAUAUUUCUUUUAAAACUUGUUUUAGAAGAAGUGCAAUCUAAUUAAAAGUAGAUCCUUUGAUCCGCUCACAUACUGUAGUUUGCUAUACAAGGACCUAACAACAUCCCGUUCAGGUUAAGUCCGAGCGAUCUUCAUGUUUACCAGAAAGUGACCCUUAAUGUGAUAUUGUUAGAUGUCGGUGUAGUGAAUAUGUGAGCUGAUCUAACAUUAAAUUGGAUUGGAUUUCAUCUAAUUCAAACAUUUUUAGAAGUACAUUUGUAUUCAGCAUUUUUUUUCCUUAUAUAACUGGUACCGAUAAACGGUACCAUUCCCAAUGCCAAAAACCAUUAAUUUUCCCCAAUUUUGAGACUAAAAAUUCCCAAUUUACUACUUCUUGUUUUGUAGAACUCUUUUUUCUUUUCUUUUAGUUGAAAUCAUUUGCCGAUACAUUGGUAGAAAAUUCCCAAUUUGUUCGAUUUAGACGCCAUACCCCCCCAAUUGAAUGGGUACCGGUACCAGUACCAAUGGGUAGAAAAAAAUCGCUGGUAUUAAUGAGAGAAAUGAGUAGUCAAGAUGUAUUAUGAGUACUUAUAAUUCCAGUAUAUUUAUAAAUGGUUUGUUUAAGAUUUACCAAUGUAUUUGCAGGUUUUUAUGUCUGUGUCUAUAAAGAAUUUUCUGUUUAUCCCCAUAAAGGACAAGGUAUACUUUUAAUGUCAUUAAUUUGAUUUUAAUGGAACAGUGAAAAUGCAUAUUUAAGAAAAUUUAAAAAGUUUCUUUACAUUAGAGGGUGGAAUUAAUUGAUUAUAUUUAAGACUUUUAGCUAUCUGUAUGCAAUUACAUAUUUUGAUACAAUUUUAAACUUGUAAAGUCGCAUGAAAAGAAAACUUUUGGAUCAGUGAAUUGACAAAUGGAGAAGUAUUUGUGGGAGGGUGAGUUAGGGAAGUACCUUGGCCUUUAACUUUUCAGGUCAGAAGAGCAGAACCACCUGCUGAUUGCCAGUGUACAACUUCCCAAUGAUAACGCACAAUUUGAUGCUUCACAUUAUGACAGUGAGAAAGGAGAGUUUGGAGGAUUCGGAUCUGUCAGUGGUAAAAUAGAGAUUGAAAUAAAGAUUAACCAUGAAGGGGAGGUAAACAGGGCACGAUACAUGCCUCAGAAUCCCUGCAUCAUAGCCACCAAAACCCCGUCAAGUGAUGUCCUGGUGUUUGACUACACAAAACAUCCCUCCAAACCAGACCCAAAUGGGGAGUGUAAUCCUGAAUUACGACUCAAAGGUCAUCAGAAAGAAGGAUAUGGGUUAUCCUGGAAUCCCAACCUGAAUGGACACCUCCUCAGUGCUUCAGAUGAUCAUACGAUAUGUUUGUGGGACAUUAAUCAGAAUCCUAAAGAAAACCGAGUGGUGGAGGCCCACACCAUCUUCACUGGUCACACGUCAGUAGUGGAAGACGUGGCCUGGCAUUUACUCCACGAGAGCCUGUUUGGAUCAGUGGCUGAUGAUCAAAAGUUGAUGAUCUGGGACACAAGGUCAAACAACACAACUAAGGCCAGUCAUAUAGUAGAUGCCCACACAGCAGAGGUCAACUGUCUAUCAUUCAACCCCUACAGUGAAUUUAUCCUGGCAACAGGCUCAGCUGACAAGACUGUUGCAUUGUGGGAUCUGAGGAAUCUUAAACUCAAACUUCACUCAUUUGAAUCACACAAAGAUGAAAUUUUCCAGGUUCAAUGGUCUCCUCACAAUGAGACAAUUCUGGCCUCGAGUGGAACUGACAGAAGACUGCACGUGUGGGAUCUCAGUAAAAUUGGAGAAGAACAAUCAGCGGAAGAUGCAGAGGAUGGACCCCCAGAACUUUUGUUCAUUCAUGGAGGACACACAGCCAAGAUUUCGGACUUCUCUUGGAACCCUAAUGAACCAUGGGUAAUUUGCUCCGUGUCUGAGGACAACAUAAUGCAAGUUUGGCAGAUGGGUCUCCAUAUUUUGCGGGAAAGAGAAGCUGAGAAUAUUUAUAAUGAUGAAGAACCAGACACACCUGCAGCCGAACUUGAAUCCGGAACUUCAUAGAGCCUUAACCAAAGGGCAGUGAGAAAAAGACAGAAAUCAAAGCAUUAAUAUUGCUGUUUUUAUCUUCAUGAUGCCUUGAGAUAUUGAGACUGAAUAUUUUUUUUAUCAGUGACUCUUUAAUAUAAUUUAAGUGAACUUUAUAUGUCAUAGGAUAUUAUUACUAAUUGGCCUUUGUGGAAGUUCAUGUAGAAAUUUGUAUAUAGUAAACCAUGUCAUCGUGUGAA